GUCAAAAGCUGAACCUAUUAGGUUAAGGAAAUGUAUUCCUCUUGAGUACUUUUAAAUAUAAAUUUUAAAAAUGGCAUGUAUUGAGCACUACAUCAAGGAUGCAAACAAUCUAUUUGAUGAUAUUGUUCAACGACACAAGAUUGCCCAGGCCAAUGUCUUUAAAGACUAUCAAGCUGCAAGAACCAUCCAGAAGUGUUACCGUGGUUACCUUGUGAGGAAACAUCUGAAAUAUUUACACAGCUGUGCCACAACAAUACAGAAGUAUUGGCGGGGUCAUGUGGAUCGGAAGGGUUAUGAGCGGCUUUUAAAGGAAUCUGUUCACAAACUGUACUGGGAGCAUUAUAACAACAUGGCAACAAAGAUCCAGAAAGUGUGGAGAGGCCAUUUUAUUAGGACUCGGGUAUUCAGCUACAACCAGCUCAAAGACUAUAUCAAAGGAGCGCUACAAAUGAACAAGGAAUUUAUGGAAAAGGCAAAGGAGUAUGAGGAGAUGACAAAGACGAUGAUACAAAGAGACAUGGACAAGGAAUGUCAGGAUAAGUUUGACUAUCUUAGCCGCAGAGUGCAUCAUUUGUUGAGAACCUACCAGAUAGAGGGUAUUUUCAGCAUUCACGGAACUAAGGAACUUUCCUACUUAGAGAAAGUAUUGACAAAUGUAAAAUUUGUAGACUUCAUGAAAACAAAACGUUUAGAAGCUGAACAAAAAAAGCCUAAAAAUCCGGAAGCAACAAUUUUUAAGGGAAGACUAAGGGAAUGUGAGGAGGUUUGGCUACACCGCAAUGACCCUGGGAAAUACAGCCUGGCCACUGGUGAGUACCGGGACGAUGAGAGAGUUCACGAGCAGCGAGAGAAGAUCCACAGCAAACUGAGGACAAUCCAGGACCACCCUAUGCAGUUUGGACCAGUCAGACAUAAGGAUGCAAACAUUAAACUGGACAACAAAUCUUACCAAUGCCCCCCUCUUCAUCAGUCUCAAAAAAACUUUAAAGACUAAAUACUCUAAAAAAUGUAAUUAAUUUGGAAUUAAAUACUUUUUUUGUAUUUGGAACGUAUUAAUUGUUGUUUUACUCUUUAACAAAAUGAAA